AUGGGCAAUAGCCAGGGCAAGCCCAUCGACUUGGAUGGCGAAGUCAACCUCAACCAUUUCCGCCUGCUACGAGUCGUCGGUCGAGGCGCCUUCGGUAAGGUCCGCAUCGUCGAGCGAAAAGACACGAACCUGUCCUUUGCUUUGAAGUAUAUCCGGAAAGAUGAAGUCGUACGAUCAGAGAGCGUGCGGAACAUCAUACGAGAGCGCCGGAUGCUCGAGCACGUGAACCACCCCUUCAUUUGCAACCUGCGAUACAGUUUCCAAGACAUCGAAUACAUGUAUCUGGUUGUUGACUUGAUGAGCGGCGGCGACCUCCGAUUUCAUAUUUCGAGAAAGACCUUCACCGAAGACGCAGUUCGCUUCUGGAUUGCCGAACUAGGAUGUGCGCUCCGAUACAUUCACCAGCAAAACAUUAUCCACCGCGACGUCAAGCCCGACAACGUCCUCCUCGACGCAGACGGCCACGUGCAUUUGACCGACUUUAAUGUUGCCUCGGAUAUCGUGCCCGGCAAGGUUUUGUCUAGCAAAUCCGGCACCCUCGCAUAUCUCGCUCCCGAAGUUUAUGCUGGCAAGGGCUACGAUGUCCGUGCAGACUGGUGGUCGUUGGGUGUUCUCUUCUACGAGUGCAUCUACAACAAGAGGCCAUUCGACGGCAAUUCAGAAAGCACCCUCAGCCAGCAGAUCCAGCUCGCGAAUCCCAAAUACCCCGUCACACAGCCCGCCGUCAGCCUUCCCUGUUUAUACGCCAUCCGAGACGCAUUAAGCCCGAACCGCGACACACGGAUGGGUGCCACCUGGGAGAGCUUCACUAAGCAUGAGUUUUUCAUGAUGAUUGAUUUCGAAGCGUUGGAGCGGAAGCAGAUCGAGCCUGUGUUUGUGCCGGCGGCUGACAAGACCAACUUUGACGCCACAUACGACCUGGAGGAGCUCCUGUUGGAGGAGGCCCCCCUCGAGGCGAGAGCCAGACGCCAAAAGCCCCGCGAACGGUUGAAGGAGGACGCUUCGGAGAAGGAAAUCAGGGAGGACGAGCUCUACCGCAUGAUUGAGAACGAGUUCCGGCCGUUUGACUACACACUCGCCGCGUACAAGAAGUAUGGCUGCGAUGAACCCAUAUAUCCUGACGUGGCUAACGUACAUAGAAUCACCGAGCAAGAAGGAGGAUUCCCCAACGGCGACAUGAAUCAAUUACACCCCAACAGCGGGCCCCAGGCAUUGACCACCGACGAGGCCACCCCCGCCGCGAUGGCCACCAACGGAGGGAGGAACACCAUGCCCCCGGCACCCUUACGAAAGAGCACGAGCUUGGAGAGACGACCCGGCAGCAGUCACAGCGGCGUGCCCCGCCGGCCAGCCGUGAAGCCGCCCCCGAUACCGCACUACCAGCCCAACGAGUACCACAACCAGAGAGCCGCACCGCCGGCGAUCGGAAAGCGCGUCACCAGCCCAACCGGCGGCAUGUCAGUCACGUUGGACGGAGGCGGUAGUUGGUCAGAACUCGCCCGGCAGGACGCCACGCUUCCCACAGACGCCAACGCCACGGGCGAUGGCAAGUCGGAGAGCUCAAGCGGAGUAUUCAGUUUCUUUAGGGGCAAGAAGGGAAGAGGACACAGCCCGAAGCCCAAGGAAAGGGGAGUUUUGGGCAAGGAGGGCGCCAGGCAGGUUAUUGGCUAG